UCCGCUGUAGAUUUUUUUUUGUGCCCCAUCUAACCACAUAAUAAUUAGGGAAGAUAAAAUGUAGGGAGAUGAAAAAUGUCAUUUACGAGACUAGAAAUUACUGUGGCAACUGUGGGACAUUCAUUCUGGUUAUGAUCGAUCAUCGAGUGAAAUAAAAAUAUCUUGCCAUUUUGUUUGUCGCGUUGGCGCAUAACUCUUUCUCCAAAAUAUCAAAAACUUUGUAACAUGAACUAAACUGUGGUUAGAUAUCUAAACGCAAGAUUAAAUAGUAACUAAUUUUAUAAGCAUCUUUGUUAGGUAUAGUAUGCACGAGACAUGGAACGCAGGAACGGCCAUAGGUAUCACAGGCAUCCAUAUUCAGUCUUUCGACCUAAGGCAGCACAAAUAUAGGAGUCGUGUUUUCUACGCCAGUGAAAUUUUACAUGGACCUUCGCUCGUGAGUUGUAUUAAGUACAACUACAAUCUAUUCAUAGUACGAGCUUCGAUUUUUUUGUCUCUGUGCACUGUAGGCAAGCUAGGCGAAUCAUCAAUAUGGACGAUUGGGAGGAAAAGAUAAAUGAGGAGCCGCGCUUCGAGAUGCCCUCCAACAAGUGGGAAGGAGAAGACGAGGACGAGGAUGUUCUGGAUAGUUGGGAAGAUAUAAAUGAGGAAAAGAAAGAUGUGGAAAAGCCCCCAGAAGCUCCUAAAACUAAACCUAAACCUAAAAAAACUCUACAAGAAAAAAUUGAAGAAAAAGAGAGGAAAGCACGUGAAGAAGCCGAGAGGAAAGCAAAAGAGAAGGAAGAUGCCAUGACACCGGAAGAGCGACGAGCCGAAAUGCUGCGGCGUCAAAAACUCCAAGAAGAAGCGGAUCUUCGACUUGCAAUGGAGACUUUCGGUGUAACAGAGGGAUUAUCUGGAAUCGAUGCUAUGGUUCCCACUACUGCUGAUGAAUUCAAGGAACUCCAUGAUGCACUGAUCUCGAAAUUCAAUCAGCUUAAUAAGCAUGCAGAAUUUCCUUCAUUUGCUGAAGAGCUAAUAAAGAAUAUUUGUAUAACACUCAGCAUCACUUCUCUUAGAAAAGUGAAAACCACAGUAGAAAGUUUACACAAUGAAAAACUCAAAAUGGAGAAAGAAAAAGUUAAAAAAAGCAAGGGUAAAGGUAAAGCCAAGUUGAAGGUCGAGGGCGAUAGCGAAUACGGUGAUUUGGCGGCAUACGAUGCAAAUGAUUAUGAUGAUUUCAUGUAGCGACUUUGUACUGCUUCGUACAAUCUAGUCGCGUAAUAAAUCAGGCAUACCUGCGUUAUACAAAAAGAUGACUAACAAAUUUGUCAAAUAAGCACGAGUUUCUAUGCGCCGUCAGGAUCUGUGCGGUUGUAUUAUAGUUGCAAAGUGAAUUUUUCAUGCAUAUUUAUAUUGGUUUUAAAGUUCGGCAACAACACUCAAGAUCUUUGUAAACAAACAGAUAAAUUAAUUUUUUUUCUUUACAAGGUUGACUUAUCUGGACUAAUGGGAUGAAUGUUUUAAAAAUGGUUUAUUCUAUUGAUUAUUAACAAUAGAAUUUUUAUUAUUUGCUGAAAAAAUAUUUUUUCCACACACUAUGUGGUUCAUUUUAGAUAGAUAAAGAUUCUAGCAAAUGUUUGUAUCUUGAUGUGUCUAGAUAAAAAAAAAAUUGCAAUUUAAAGUAAAUUUUUUGUUUAUACAAUUAUUGAACAUUUAAUAUGGUCGCUCAUAGCGUUUACCCUCAAAUUUUUGAUGCAGUUCAAAAUAGAUGAAAAAAAAUUUCCGUAGAUUUUUUUGCUCAAUCAGUCUACACUAUUUUAUGCAUAAUUCCCAGACCAUAUUAUGAUCAACACUUUUUGUUCAAUUUUUUUUUUUUUUUUUU